CGCAACUUCAAAAAAUUGACAGCUCAUCUUCUUUUUCACAUCAGAAAAAAAUCAUUAUCAAUUUUCCAGAACAUCAGCAAAAUAUACGUGUAAGUUUUCCCGCAAGGAAUAAUAAUUGUUGCUCCUUGCAAAUAGAAGGGUUAAGCAUAAAUACCAUAGGUUCUCGAGAGUCUCACUCAGAGGAACAGAAAAUACGCUGGAUUUGGGAGGCGCUGUAUCCUCUAUUUUACGAAGGUAAAUAACAGUGAAGAGUACCGUAAGGUGGGGGUGUGUGGACAAAGGCCAAAGCCAAUCUAGAGAAGAUUGAUAACGAUGGUCAGCCCGGAUAAUGUGGAGCAGUCGCUCCGAAACCUCUCAUUGGCUGUGUCGGAUGGCCAGCAGCAGGGUGGUGGUUCGGACACCGACUGCGAUAGCAGGAGCCUCAAGUGGCAUCUUCCGCUUAAGGAACUCUACAAGAUGGCUUGCGCUUUCUAUAAGGAAAAGUCCGGCAAAGCGAUUCACUUGAGUUACGAAGAUAAUUUAAAGUUGGUUGCAUUCACGCAACAGGCAGCUCAUGGUCCUUUAGAUCCCGGCAAGGCACCCCAGUUGGGUAUGUUCGAUGUGAUUGGGAAGGAUCGGCGCAUUGCUUGGCAGCACUUGGGUACCAUUACGAAGCUCCAGGCGAUGGAGGGUUUUAUAGACCUAUUGGACCGACUGUGCCCUCAGUUCAAGCCGUACGUCGAGGCGAUCAAGAAGGAUCGCGAGGAGAAAGCCCAACAAGCGCAAGCUGAGGAAGCGAAAAGAAAGGAACAAGUUGCGAAGGAGGAAGAGAAGUUGGCUGAGCUGAAAAGGAUCGAGGACGAGAAGAAUAGGGAGGAAAUCCAGAGGCGUCAACUGCAGGAUGCUUUAAAUCAACAAACUUACCACCAGUUCAAGGAUUACGCCGAGAAACAGUUUCCUGGAAACCCUGAACAACAGGCGGUUUUGAUCCGUCAGCUACAGAACGAGCACUAUCAUCAGUAUAUGCAACAACUGCAGGCACAAGUGGCCAGCAAUUAUUCUCAUUUGCGCGCAACAAGCGUAGACAGUGAAUCCGCUGAGGUGGACAGUGGAAUAGCCGAACAGCAUUCCGGAAAUCAAAUUGAUCAGGCAACCAACGCCAAAGAGAAUAGCCAGCAAGAGUACAAGGAACAGUGCGAUAGUGAUGAUGAUUCUGGUGAAUACGCGGUCAUCAGUCCGGCCAAUAUGUGGACUAAACCAGACGUUAAACUAUUCAAGCAGGAAGUAACUUCAGGAAAAGGAGAUGGUGUGAUUCGAGUGGGUCAUGGUGAUACAAUUACGGUUCGCGUUCCAACCCACGAGGGCGGUUCCAGUCUGUUUUGGGAAUUUGCCACCGACAAUUAUGACAUCGGAUUCGGCGUUUACUUCGAGUGGGGAAAACCCAUGACGACAGAUGUUUCGGUGCAUGUUAGCGAGAGCGAUGAAGACGACGACACGCUGGAGGACGAUGAUGUGGUUUGUGCCGACGAUCUCGAGUGUGGUGGCCAGCAGCAGCACAAACAGCAGUACAACGGUGGCAGUGGCAGCAGUAGUUUGGCCAAUCGGAACCCAAUCUCCAUCAUCGUUCCCAUCUACAGGCGCGAGUGUCAAACGGAAGUCUACGCCGGAUCGCACAGCUACCCCGGCGAGGGAACCUACCUGCUCAAGUUUGACAACAGCUACAGUUUGUGGCGCUCCAAGACGCUGUACUAUAAGGUGUUUUAUACGCGAUAAUUGGUUCUAAGUAGCGUUAGGAAGCAACAGAUGCGCAUAUUUUUUACGAAGAUUAUUGUUUGUAAGGUCGUACUGUAUUAGCCAAAUGCUCUAUUCUCUGUUGCUAUUAAUCUAUGUGAACGAGUUUCCUUUUAUUGUCUGUUGUCGAUGGGAUGUACCUUUUGGAAGAGAAAACUUCGCACAUACAACAAAGACCACAACUGGUAGUAGUGGACGUAAAAUCUAGUUAAUUUAUUGCCGGAAGCGCAGUUGUUUGUUAGUUGAAUAGAUUUUAAAAUAGUACUCUAGCAUGUAUUCCUGUCACAUAUGUACUAAGAUAUGUAAAACAAUGUCAGUUGAGUCGAAUUGGAUGGAUUUUUAUUGAAAUUUAAACGAGCUAGCAAACUAUUGAAAACGGAAACCGCCAACAAAAGCAAGCAGAGAACGAUUGAUGUUCAAGAUGUGGCAAUAUUUCAAAUAGAUGAAUUUCUGAAGAAUCAGCUCUGUUUCAAAGAUAGAAGUUUUAUUUCUUCGCAGAAAAGAAGCUCUGAGGGUAAUUUAACUCAAAAUAAUAGAAUAAACAUAAUGUUAUUUUCUGUCAUACUAAA